AUAAUUGAUUAAAUUUAUUUAUUUUCUGUCAUUAGCGUUGAAACAAUGUAAAAUGCAAAUGCCAAAUAGUGUAAGCCCAAGACAAAAAGAACGAUGGAAACAAGAAGUGGCUGCAAUGCAAAAAUUAAAAUGCGAUUAUAUCGUGGGUUUUAAAGAGCUCCCUGAUAUGUUAUUGAUGGAACUUAAUAAAUAUAAUCCAUCUAAGCUUCCCUUGUUACCAAUGGAAUAUUGCUCAAAAGGAAAUUUGAGGAAUUAUUUGAGAGAAUGGGAAAGCCGCCGAGGUUUAUCUGAAACAACUACAAGAACGAUUUUAUCUGAUAUUUGUGAUGGUAUUUCGUAUUUACACAGCUGUGGUAUCACGCAUCGCGAUAUUAAACCUGAAAAUAUAGUUAUGCAACACUCUGAUGAAAGACUCGAAAAAAUUAUUUAUAAAAUUAUAGAUCUGGGUUACGCAAAAGAAUUGGGUAAUACUCUAAAUAGUUUAGUUGGGACCUUACCGUAUUUAGCCCCCGAAAUUUUUCAACAAGAUAAAUACACAAAAACUGUUGAUUAUUGGUCUUUUGGGUUAACUUGUUACGAAAUAAUUACUGGUGAAUUACCUUUUUUACCACGUUGGGAACCUGUUCGAAGAUUCAUUCAUAUAAAAGAAAAAAAGGAAGAUGAUAUUUGUAUUUUUACAAUAAAGGAUAAAGUUGUUUUUUCAAAAGAAAUUCCAAGAAAACUCUGGAUUUCGACAUGUUUUAAGAAAAACAUCGAAAACUGGCUGAGACCUGUUCUCCAAUUUGAUGGUAACAAAAGGGGCUCAUACAAAAAUAUCACAGUCAACGUUUUGUCACAAAUGAAAGAAAUUUUGUUGAAGAAAAUUGUUAAAAUAUUAUUUGUUUAUGAUUUAACUAUAUACAGUUAUGAAAUCACCGAAUUUUCGACAUUUAGAGAUUUAAAGGAACUUGUUACUUCUAAAGGUUUUUUACAUAAUCAAUUAGUUAUCUUAUGCGACAACCAAACGGAUUUUUAUAAUGAUGAUGAUAAGAUUAUGGAAUCCAUUGAAAAUGUAAAUUUAUUAGUUUUUUUAGUGUUCUCUAGAUAAUCAAUAUAUUGUGGGGAACUUAGAAGUGGAAAAACUAUUUAUACAUUAAUUGGACCACUUUAUAUUUUCGGUUUCAUCUCUCUAAAAAUAUAAGACUUGUUAGAAUAGACAGGCUCAAACUAU